AUGAAUAUCUUGUCUUAAUUAUAAUAGGAUCCUUAAAAUAAAUUAGAGGAGUAACUUAGGGCAUUCUCACUUAGUUAUUUAGAAGAUAUAGAAGAAACCUAGAUAUUUAAAUUAUUUAUAAGUGAUAAAGAAGAUGAAUUUGCUAUUUGGAAAAAUGCAGAAAGUCAAGUAAAAUCAGUUUGUGGAGCUAAUAUAUAAAAUGGAGAACUUUCAUUCAGAUGUUUCACUUGCUCCUCUGAUCCUAAUCAUUUGUACUGCUAUAAAUGUUUUAAUCCUGAUAUACAUCUGAGUAUGUUUUUUAAAUUGAAUAGAUCACAAAUGUAUAGUAAAGAAUAAUAUUGGUGGAGCAUGCGAUUGUGGAGAUGAAUAAACAAUUUUCCCAUCUGGAUUUUGUUCAAAACAUCAAGGAGUCUCUAAGUAUAAUUACAACUAAGAAUUAAAUAAAAUAUCAGAUUCUCUAAAAAAGAAAAUCGAAAAUUUCAUAAAAACUUUGUGUAGAAUAUAUUUACAACUUAUGAAAAGAAUAAAAUAGGAUCAUGAUUUAUUCAAUGUUAGAUUACUAAAAUUUUAUCACAUAAGUGAAAAGUGGUUGAUAACUCCUUUCAAAGAAGUUAUAGAUUCUGAAUAUGAUAUUGAGGAAUACUAUAGAAUUUUUUAGUAAGCAUUAUAUUUAAAUACAAUUCUUUUUAAAAUGUGUUAUUGGUUUACAGAAUCAAGACUAUGUUUCAUAAUUUUACUAUCACAAAUUUUUUAAUCAAAAUUAACAUAAGGGUCUAAACAAACAAUAUUAGAAGAUUUAUUUGAAGUUCAAGUAUUACUAGAAAGUUAAGGACCAUAGCCAGCUUUAAAAAUAAAAAGUUUAUUGUUUAGGUUUUAUGCUGAUUAAUAAUUUAAGUAAUUUACAUAGGUAUGCUAUUUAAAAUAAUAUUAAUCAAUGUGGUUACAGAAAAAGUAAAAAGUAACCAAAUAUGAUAAUUUGAUGGAUGAUUAUUUAAUUAAUCUAUAAUCUAUAACAAGUUUACUAUUUGCAUAUGAAUAAUAUUAAGUAUAUUUGGAAAUGGCUUAGGCAGUGAAAAACUAUAUUUAAAUUUAUAAAAAAUCAAUUGAAAUUACUAUAGGAUUAAAUCUCUCUGAUAUUCAUUUAUAACACAAUUAAUAUGUAGCAGAAAAAUUACAAUAAAUAUUCUUUAGCCAUCAAUAUAUCUAAAAUAUUUAUGAGAAGAUUAGAGAUUUAUCAAUAUUAGUACACUCUCAUGUACCAAUAUCAUCAUUCUCUUAAUUUGAGUGUUUAUUAAUCUUCGGAUUUAGAUAUGAAUAUAGUUUUAUUGAUAAAAUUUUUUUUUAAUAACUUCAGGAAGUACUUGGAGAUUAUUAUUAACAGUUUAUAAAUGGAUAAAUUACUAAAGAAAUCAUUCAAAAUUUUAAAUAUGAUUAAUUUACAAUAACAUCCUAUUUAAAUUGUUUUGAUUUAAUUAAACCUUAACAUUUGGAUAUAUAAGAGAAAAAUUUAACAAUAUUGCAAUAAGAUUUGAAUGAUAUGGUGUACUUUUUUAUUUUUUAAGGGUAUGCAAUUUCAGUGAUUUUAGAUGGAAUUUAAAAACUAUUUAGUUCUUAAUUUAGUACCCUUUAAUUUUAAGAAAAUAUUUCUAAAUUAUUACUAAUAUAAUCAUAUUAGAUUUUGAAAAAGAAAUGUAUAGGUAUAUCAGUUGAUGCUUAAUUGAGUGAGGCAUAUAAAAAAUACAUAAAGAAUAAAAAUUUGAGUCUAGAGGAAUAAUCUGAUAGAUUAUCAAAAAUUUAUUUAGUUUUAAUCAAAAAUAUAACUGUUGUUGAAAGAGUAUUCACAUUUUUCUUGUCGUAUUUAUAUUUUUUGAAGAAUUUUUCAUCUGGAACAGAAUUUGAAUCUUAUUUACUUGAUGUGCUAUAAGAAGAUAAGAAAGAACUUAAGUUUAUCUUUUAUGAUGUCUUAUCAAAAUGUUUAUAGAUUUAUGUUUCAGUUUAGUUUUGUCAAAAUGAAUUAAUUGAAUAAAUUUAUUUGGGUUUGACUGAUUAAAAAGAUAAAGUGAUACUUGAAUCUUUUGAUAGUUCGUUUUUGAGGAUUUAUUUGUUUUUAUAUGAUAAUGAAGGCUUUUAGGAUUUAAUUAAAAUAAUGAACAAUAGAAAAAUUGAGAAAUUUGGAAGUGAUAAAAUAUUAUGGUAUAUUUAUUUAUAUUAUUAAAUAGUUGUUUAUUAUUAAAAAUUCUAAGUUCUGAUCUUGAUAUGUAUAAUGUUUGUUGUUCAACUUUAAAAGAAUUACCAAGAGAUUUGAAAUUAUCAUUAGCUAAAGUAAUCUAAAAUUUUUACAAUCUUUCAACAUUUCUCUCUUUUACUAAUAUUGAGUCUAAGUUUAGAGAAAUGGGCAUUUAAGUUUGCUCUAAUCUUCCAGAUCAUAUCUUAUAAAUUUGUGAAGUAGAUUAAACAUUAAAAUAAUUGAAAUUAAAAUCAGAAUAUAGAGUUAUUUAUGAUCCAGCAAUAUUUAACAUUAAAACUUCAAUUAAUAGUUAAAUUGUUGAAAAAUUAGUUGAAAAUAAUAAAUCAGAAAAUGAGAUUCAUUUGGGAAAUGGUAUAUCUUGGGAUGUUGAAUUAUUUAAAACUAAUAAUUAUAGAAUAAUCCUUUACAAUAUUUUAAAGAGAUAUUGUGAGAUAGAAUAUAUUUAAAAAAACCUCGAUUUAUUAAUCACAGAAGGAUUUGCUUAGAUUUAGGCAUAUUAGUUGCUUUAUAUUUAAAUCGUAGCAGCAAACUAUUUUAUGGAAUAAGAAUUUUAAACUUAUGCUCCCAUUUUAAUUAUUUAACUUGAAUAAAUUUUGAGAGAAAUUUAAAGUAAAGAUGAUAUUCAAAAAAUUUAACUAUUGAUAUCAGAAAUCAAUAAAUUAAUUAUUGUUGUUACACCUGCUGUUAUAUCGUAAUAAUAAUAAGUAAAAGAUACGAAAAUUAAUUUAUAAAAUAAGAAGAAUCAAUUUAAGGAGAAAUAUAAUAAAAUGUAAAAAUCAGAAUUUAUAUAAAAUAUGCUUGAGAGUAAUAAGAUUAAGGACAAUAAUGAUGAAAUUGAUGGAAAAGUAUGUUCAUCAUGUAAAUUACCUCUAAGUUAAUAAUCAAGUGUAGCCUUAAUGUUAUUGAUUAAGAAACCUUAAACUUCAAAUUUUUCUAUUAUUUCGAAGGAGCGCUUAUAAUGUUUCAGAAAUAACUAAUUUAAUUUGAUUGAUAUUGGAGUAGCAAAUUGUAAACACUAUUUUCAUUCUUCUUGUUUAAUAGAAAGAUUUGAAAGUGAUUAAUAAUAUAGAAGAUAAAAUGAUCCUGAUUGGAUUAAGAUUGGAUGUCCCGUGUGUAAAUUACCUUGUACAAUUACUUUACCUAUAUAAAGGUAAUUGACUAAUUUAGAUGUAGAAUCCUUUAAUUAGGAUCUUUAAUUGUUUGUCACAAAAAAUUCAGUUGUCAAUUUAUUUGAAGACCAAAUUUCUACAUUAAAAACUCUUUCUGAAACAUAUUAUAAUAUUUUCUUUGAUUUGCUAAUUUCUUUAUUUCAUAAUUUAUCAGAGUAUAUACGGAGUUAAAAAAAUUUAGUAUUCCAUUAAUUACUCUUAAUAUUGAAUGCUACAAAUAUGGAAGCAGCAAAAAUUAAAAUUAUAGAAUAAUUCCAAUUUCAAACAGAAAAUAAUUUGAUUUUAAAUAUAUUAUCCUUAAUUUAAAAAUAUGUUGUUAUUGAAAAAGAUUUGUAGAGAUUUAAAGUUGAAGCCAUUUUUAGUUGCAAUUAAUAUGAUAUAGGAAAUGAAAUUAAAACUUAAUUAGCUUUAUCAUUAGAUAUAUAGGAUGAAUUAGCUUACUAAGCUAUAGAAUUCCAAAAAUAAAUAGUUAAAUAAGAAAAUUAUGAUUAAUAUUUUCUUAUAAAUUAAUACUAAUUAGAAGAUCAAUUAAAAAGUAUAAUUGGAUUAACAUUUAAAGAAUUUUAUAAUAAAUUCUUUACUAAAAAAUGUUUUACUUGUGGAUUUUAUAAUAAGGAUUAGAAACGUGGAGGAUAUUCAAUGUGCUUAUUCUGUUCAAAGACUUUCUGUACAUAUUCAUGCAACAAAGAUAUAAAAAUGGGAAAUCUAAAUUUACAUGCAAAUAAAGAACAUAAUGGAAUAUCUAUUUAUGUAAAUCUAAACAAUGGAAAUGUAACUUUAUUAUGUUCUCCAAUAUCCAUAUAAGAUUAUUUAUGUUUAUUUUAUAAUCAAUUAGGAUAAAAAAUUGAUAUAUAAAAUCCUAAUUCAGAUUGGAAUUCCUUUAAUUUAGAUACUUAGAAGGUAAGAGAAAUAUCACAAAUUAUCAUGAACAGUUCAUAUUAAGCAAUUAUCAGAAACUUAGAAUUUAAGUAAAACUAAUUUGAUUUGGAGGGAUAACUUUGA